ACCAAUAAGGAAAGCAUACAUUACAUAUGGUUAGAGCCGGAAAGUCUGGAGACUCCUCUUUUCUCUGAAAGAACCAAGAAAAGCCACUGUGCAAGAAAUGGCUGCUGCUUCUUCACUCAUUUCCACAUUCGUCCACCAUUACUCUCCAUUUUCUCGCUCUCCAAGCAGAAAACCACCGUUUCCUCUCUCAAAACUUAAAUGCCUUUCUCUCCUCCAUAGAAACCAAAACCAUAACAAUAACAAUAUCAAUUCUGGCAUCCUCCGUUUGUUGAAUCAAUUCCACGAUUCUUUCUCUUUAAACCCACACAAUCUCUUAUUCACUGAAAGCCCCUCUUCUUCCUCCUCCUCUUCAGCUUUAGACUUGCUGCUUCUUCUCUGCACAUCACUUGCCUUAUCCGUCUCUCUAUUCGUCGCCGAUGUGGACCCGUCCUUCGCAUUCGUCGUUACUACUGCUCGUAAAUUGCAGACCGAUGAGCUUGCUACUGUUCGCCUCUUUCAAGAGAACACUCCUUCAGUUGUUUACAUCACCAAUCUCGCCGUCAAGCAAGAUGCAUUUACUUUGGAUGUGUUGGAGGUGCCGCAGGGGUCAGGGUCUGGGUUCGUGUGGGACAAAGAAGGUCACAUAGUUACCAAUUAUCAUGUGAUUCGUGGUGCUUCUGAUCUCAAGGUCACUCUUGCUGACCAGUCAACUUUUGAUGCAAAAGUUGUUGGAUUUGACCAAGAUAAGGAUGUUGCUGUGUUGCGAGUUGAUGCACCCAAAGACAAGCUAAGACCAAUACCUGUUGGUGUUUCUGCUGACUUGCUUGUUGGUCAGAAAGUAUAUGCUAUCGGCAACCCUUUUGGACUUGAUCACACUUUAACAACUGGUGUCAUCAGUGGGCUUCGUAGAGAAAUCAGUUCUGCUGCUACUGGCCGUCCCAUUCAGGAUGUUAUACAGACAGAUGCUGCCAUUAAUCCUGGUAAUAGUGGAGGGCCACUUCUUGAUAGUUCAGGAAACCUUAUUGGGAUAAAUACAGCCAUAUACUCUCCAUCUGGUGCAUCCUCUGGCGUUGGAUUUUCAAUCCCCGUUGACACUGUAAGUGGCAUUGUUGAACAGUUGGUGAAGUUUGGAAAAGUUACGAGACCUAUUUUAGGUAUUAAGUUUGCACCUGAUCAAUCUGUGGAGCAGUUGGGAGUAAGUGGGGUGCUUGUCUUAGAUGCUCCUUUAAAUGGUCCAGCAGGCAAAGCAGGUCUGCAACCCACCAAACGUGAUGCCUAUGGUAGACUUAUUUUGGGUGAUAUCAUAACAUCUGUGAAUGGAAAAAAAGUUACAAAUGGCAGUGACUUGUACAGAAUUCUUGACCAAUGUAAAGUAGGCGAUCAGGUAGAAUGGAGCACAAGUAUACGAUUCUUUAACCUUUCUACUGAACAAAUUAUAUAGUGGGCCUUGGCAACAUCAAAGUUCCUGACUUCCUGUUUCUAAGAAGUUGGCCAAAAUAGUCUGGGUGGAAGUACUGUCUGUGGGUGUUACCAUUAUCAGCUACGAUAUCCUCCACAAAACCCUCUCCUCUCUCUCUCUCUCUCUCUCUCUCUCUCUCUCUCUCUCUCUCUCUCGUGUCCAUACUCUCAUCGGAUAUGUGAACUUUUCAUUCUGGUGAAUUUUUUUAUUUUUCUGAAUAUUAUUGGUAAACAUGGAUAAGGUCCAGUUUGGGUCUGAACUAAAACAAAACUGUGUUGCGGUAGAGUUAGUCCUGGUCCCUCCUUUUGGAUCGGAUUGGACCAGAAUCAGCAGACCGUUCCGGUUUGAACCUGCUUGUUUAAAAAAGAUUUCAAGCUCAGCCUAAUUUAACUGGACCAAACCUAAUCAGAACUGGCCCCAUGAGGUCCGAUUCCGAUUCAGGGUUGUCCCCUCCACAAACUGGAACCGGCCUGUGGCCCUCUAGUCAUCACCAUCGGAAGCUUGAUCUUAGAUAUUAUUUUUGUUUGCUUGCAAUACUUCGACUGGGGGAAGUAUUCUUGUGAUAAACAACUCUUCUUAUAUUGUAUUAUAUUGAGCUAUUAUGAUAUUCAGGUGAUUGUGGAGGUGUUGCGGGGUGAUCACAAGGAGAAGAUUCCAGUUAUACUUGAACCAAAGCCUGAAGAGUCAUGAAAGGUAUUUGCCUGUAUAAAUCGUUGAGUACACACACUAGGGAAUGCCAUUAUUUUGUGAUUGUUACAGGACGAAGGGUCUUGCUGUACAUAUAUCAACUACUGUAUUGUCUCCGAUAGCAAUUAUUACAUUGAUAAAGCAUAAGUUGUCUGAAUUUAAUCUCAAUCCCUUAGAAAAUAUGCCAUUGGGCUCUUGAAAGGCUGCAAACUUGUGAAAGUUUUCAUUCUGGACGCUGAAGCAUUGCCAUCCAAUUGUAGAUGAAAUGUGGAAUGAAAUUACCAUGUUUUGCCGCUGAUCAA